UGCGCCCGCGCGGAGGGCGGGAGCCGCCGCCUCGCCCCGACUAGAGCCGGCCCGGCCCGCCGAGCGCGGCCCCCGGCCUGCCCUGGCCUCUCCUCCCCCAGGUGAAAGAGGAGGGAUGUCCGCUGCCGCCUCCGCUGAAAUGAUUGAAACCCCCCCCGUCCUCAACUUCGAAGAAAUCGACUACAAAGAGAUCGAAGUGGAAGAGGUUGUUGGAAGAGGAGCCUUUGGUGUGGUCUGCAAGGCAAAAUGGCGAGCUAAGGAUGUAGCCAUUAAACAGAUAGAAAGUGAAUCUGAAAGAAAAGCCUUCAUUGUAGAGCUUCGUCAACUGUCACGAGUAAACCAUCCCAAUAUUGUCAAGUUAUAUGGAGCCUGUCUAAACCCAGUGUGUCUUGUUAUGGAGUAUGCUGAAGGAGGUUCUCUAUACAAUGUGCUGCAUGGUGCUGAACCUCUGCCUCAUUAUACUGCUGCACACGCGAUGAGUUGGUGUUUACAGUGUUCCCAAGGAGUGGCAUAUCUUCACAGUAUGAAACCAAAGGCCCUAAUUCACAGAGACCUGAAACCACCAAAUUUGCUCUUGGUAGCUGGGGGGACAGUUUUAAAAAUCUGUGAUUUUGGUACAGCCUGUGAUAUUCAAACACACAUGACCAACAAUAAGGGAAGUGCUGCUUGGAUGGCACCUGAAGUUUUUGAAGGUAGCAAUUACAGUGAAAAAUGUGAUGUUUUCAGUUGGGGUAUUAUUCUCUGGGAGGUAAUCACCCGCAGGAAACCUUUUGAUGAGAUUGGUGGUCCAGCUUUCCGCAUAAUGUGGGCAGUUCACAAUGGUACUCGACCGCCACUGAUCAAAAACUUACCUAAACCAAUUGAGAGUUUAAUGACCCGUUGUUGGUCCAAGGAUCCCUCACAACGACCUUCCAUGGAGGAAAUUGUUAAGAUAAUGACACACUUGAUGCGGUACUUUCCAGGAGCUGAUGAACCUCUGCAGUAUCCUUGCCAGUAUUCAGAUGAAGGGCAAAGCAAUUCUGCCACUAGUACAGGUUCAUUUAUGGACAUCACUUCUACAAAUACAAGUAACAAAAGCGAUGCAAACAUGGAACCAAAUGACUUCCAAGGAGCUUCUACCAAUGACACUAUUAAACGUUUAGAAUCAAAAUUGGCACAGCAAAUGAAAAAUACGGCCAAGCAGCCGGGUGAUCCUGGCCGUUUGAGUUUACCACCGUCUCGUGGAAGCAGUGUGGAGAGCUUGUCAGAUGUUCGUGGGCGACCUCAGUCAGCCCUUGUUUCAGGAGAAGCCAAAAGGAUGAGUGCUGACAUGUCCGAAAUGGAAGCAAGAAUACCUUCUACCACAGCCUAUUCCAAGCCUAAACGAGGCCAUCGUAAAACUGCUUCAUUUGGCAACAUUCUGGAUGUCCCUGAGAUCAUCAUACCAGCAGGAAACGGACAGCAGAGGCGCAGAUCCAUUCAAGAUCUUACUGUUGCUGGAACAGAGUCCAGUCAGGAGAGUAGAAACAGCAGUAGAUCAUCUAGUCCUAGUGUGAGAAUGAUCACUACCUCGGGACCAACCUCUGAAAAGCCAACCCGUAAUCCAUGGACACCUGAUGAUGCAGCUGCUCUUGGAGAUAGCGUAGUCUUUGAGGGCAACACCUUAGUUUCUCUACCACGACUACUCUGUGGCAGGUGCUUUUGGGGUAUGGAGACCAAUGGGUCAGAUAACUCCAUCCCAAUGGCGUAUCUUACAUUAGAUCAUCAGUUACAGCCUCUAGCACCAUGCCCGAACUCCAAAGAAUCUAUGGCUGUGUUUGAACAGCACUGCAAAAUGGCACAAGAGUAUAUGAAAGUUCAGACAGAAAUUGCAUUGCUGUUGCAGAGGAAGCAAGAAUUAAUAGCAGAACUGGACCAGGAUGAAAAAGACCAGCAAAAUACAUCCCGUCUGGUACAAGAACAUAAAAAGCUGUUAGAUGAAAAUAAAAGUCUCUCAACUUAUUAUCAGCAAUGCAAAAAACAGUUAGAGGUCAUCAGAAAUCAGCAACAGAAACGGCCAGGCACAUCAUGAUUUCCUGGGACCUUUCGAAUGAAAAAAAAAAAAUAUGCACAGAAAAGACUGAUUUUUUUUUUAAUUGUUAUUAUUAUCCCUUAUUAUGACAACUCAUGAGUGUUAGCUUCUCGGUGUGAUCUGUAUUUGUCUGCUACACUUAACAUCAUUUAAUUUUUCCUUUUCCUACGGUGGACAUCUGAUUCAACAGGUUAAUGAGAUAAGGUGAGAAAACAGUGACUUGAAUUAACCAACAGCCCACAGUACAAAGCAAGAACAGUGGCUGUAUGCAUGCUCCUUGUGUGAAGGCUAGCCUAACAAGUGUUAAAGUGGCUGCUAAAUUGUAAGAUCUUGGUUUUAGUGUUUGGUGUUACCUCGAUAAGAGCAAAACAAAAACUUUCCUGUUUAAGAAUGGCUUUGUUCCAGUGUCUCAUCUCAAACAAAUUUAUCGUUAUUAUUUUCAGGACGUAAACGUGCAUCAAGCUGCAGAGGUGAUGUUGGCUGACCAGAGUAAUUCAUGAUGCAUUAGUGAUGCCUUUUAUCUGUAGUCGUAGUAUAUUUUUUCCACCUGCAAAAUGGUAGUCAGACUGAUGCCAGCAUCCUUGGUUCAGUGCUUGAUAGCCCUGCAUUUUGACUAAUAUAUUUGUUGUAAUCUUGCAUUCAUAAAAUAUUUGAAGUAAAACACUGUAUUUUCUUUACUUUCUUGGGGGGAAUGACAUGCAGUUUCAUGUAGUUACUGGGCAGCAGUUAUGAAAGUGAUUCACUGAGUAAAAUUGAUCCUUUGUUUAGAAGAAACAAAAAUGUACAAAAACAUGUUUUAAGCCUUUAAAGCUUUUUUUCUCUGAAGCUUUCUGAAAAUGAAAUUCAGAAAGCAAAUGAACGCAAUUUUAAAUUCUCCCUUCAUACCACUUCACGUGAAUUUUUUUUUUCUUUACAACUUACUUGCUGAACAGCACUUGCCAUAAAUGCAAAUAAGUUUGUUCUGGAUAGGAAGAAAAAAGCUCGGGGAAAUGAAUUUAUUUCAAGUAGCAAAUUAUGAAAUACAAUUGAGUAUGAAAACUGAGGAAACUGUUAAGAAAAUGAGGGAAAAGGCUUAGAUCUCCAUCAGGAAUCUCAGUUAUUCCACUCAUUUGAGCAUAGCUCAAAGGAAGUCCAUCUCAGAAUGCCUGCUGCUGCCUUUGUGAGUGAAGAAUUGCAUUUAAUGUACUCAAGCAGGAUAGAUAAUUAUCAGUGUCAUUAUUUAUCAUUACAUGGGAGAAAACAACUACAACUACUUGUUUACAUUGCACAUUUGUUAUUUGGUCUAUGAGUUAACUUUUAGCUGGUACAGAAAUUAGGUAUAGAAAUAGAAAUUAGUCCUCACAUGAGCUCUUGGAGCACUCAGGUGUUGGCAGGGCUUUAACAACAUUAUUUUGCAGAGGGAAAAUAAAAAUUUGAAAUUUAGCUGCUGAGCCCUCAAAAUUGGAGAGGUAAUAGGAACUUUGGGUUAUGUUUAUUUCAAAUUAAUAAUUAUUUUAUGGGAACCCACGGGCAGAAAUUAGAAAAACAUUUAUGGUAGAAAUAUCACAGCAUUUUCUAUUCCCCUUCCUGCAUACCUGAUAAUAAACAUCAAUACUCUUCUGCUUAUUUGUGAACAACAAAAAUGACCAACAGUUUACUGAACAGUGUCACUCUGUCUUGAAAAUAAAUCCACUGUUGGCAAAUUUUUAGGAAUAAGAAACAUGUCCCACUUUUACUUAAAUAAGGGAAGGGCAAUCGUUCCCAAAACCUUAGCAGAUAAUUUGAUUAGUUAGAUGAAACUGAUAUUGGGAUCAACUUAAGGGCACACAUAUUUAUAGUAAAAUGUAAUUGGUGGAGAAAAUAACUGUAGUAUUAGGAAUAGCACAAGUUAUCCAAAGCACUGCUGUUCACAUACAUCUGUCCAUCUACCAAAAUGGACUCACUCCGUGCUCAACAGCUUGCUUAACAUGUGCUUAAGCAUCAAGUAGAGCACAUAAAUACUAAUGCCAGACUUGAGACUCAUGGUAGAUAAUUACACAUACAAAAUCAUUUCUCUGAACAGUUUUUACCUGGUUGCCUCAUCGUAAAACAGAUUUGCUUAAAAUAAAUUGAUACUGUCUACAAAAAGUCAAUUCACGGCAAAAUUUGAAUAACGAAAAGUGAAAACAGUGCUUCAUGGUACGUAAUACAAAAGUCAGUUCUAACAGUAGCUCUUGACUUUUCAGAGUUUACAUUAAAAAGAAUCUCAGAUCGUAAAACAAGUGCUGUGCUCCAUUCAACAGCUGGGUUAUAGCGCUGUUCUUGUGACAUACAAGGGCAACUUGGAGUUUGGCCUUUGGCUUUCAAACUGUCUCUUUCUUAAAUGCACCUUUUUUUUUUUUCUUUUUCUUUUUUUUUUAAUUAUUUGCCUAUAUUUUUCAGUGAAGUGUUCUGUGUGGCAAAAUUUGUGUUAAAAAAAGGAAAAAAAAAAAACCACCCAAAAUAACGGUAAAACGUACCAAUUUGGGCUAUGAAGAGUUCAAUAGCUUAACUUUCCAGUGACUAUUUCCAUAAGGCUCUUGUUUUAAAGUUGUUUACAAAUGUACUUUUCUCCUUUUGUUAAACUAUCUGGAGUGUUCAGGAGGUUUUUCAUGUACUCUUUUGUCCAGUUAAAGCCGUUCUUCUGGUAAUGGAGGUGACACAUCUAGUUUUGUCUGGGCAGGGCCUUCUAGGAAAGAUAACAGGCUCUGCUUUUUGUUCAAGUAUGUGUUCUGUAAGAUACUGUGUAACUGAAAGUAUGCUUCUGUACACUGUGCAGUUCUACCAAAAAAUGCUUUUUUUUUAGGCUUGUUUGUUUUGUUUUGUUUUUUUUUCUGAUGAGAAGCUGAAGAUUGUAAUUCAAAACUUGUAUAUAAAAUGGUGAAUGAUUUCAUAUGAUUCAGGAA